UCCUGACUUUAACUUUUUUUGCGCGCAAGUGGUAAUUUAAACGAUGCUUUUGUCGUUUGCAUACCUACAUACACUCUCGUGUACGCGCAAAAACAACAGAUACUCAACUCUGAGAACCCCUCAGCCUAGUGCGUUGACUUCCGCUGAGGGGAGCAGCUAAUUAGCCUCCCCAGAAUUUGCACCGUGGCUGUCAGUGUUAAUGGCAGACAGUAACAGUGUCCCGUUCGUGAGUGACAGCUCGCCACCCGCUCUGUCUGUCGCCGGUCACGUUCAUUAAUGCAGGUCACCGUAGAGCGCAUCGAGCCGAGCGGCGGCUCUACCGGAGCGAAGUUCCAGCAUGGCUUUCCUGACAGGCGUUAUCGCUGCGGCUUCAACAAGUCUCUGCUAGACUCCGGACGAACACUUCAAUGGAAGACGACAGGAAGAGCUCAGGACAGUAUGAGUCCGGUUCGAGAGAGAGAUGACAGCUUCAAGAAAAAGCUGCUCAACGAACCUGACAAAAGCAAUAGCUCAGUGCCUGCCCCAUUCACCAGAAGUGUCACCAGGGUCCCAAACAGUGGUCUCAGUGUCUCGUCAUGUGGUCAAUCCUCUGCUGGUGGCACUACCCCUGUGAGUCACCUCCCCUCCCGCUCCGGCAGCCCAGGCACUGGCCCCGGUCUCUCCACAGAGCACAGCUCCAUCUGCUCCUGGAGAUAUGACGAGUUCGAGCGGGCGAAUACACAACGUGUGCGUCAGCUCUUUAACUCUGUGGAUGAGCUGCUGUACGAGGGGAGAGUCAGCAGCCGCUUGGAGUCCCUGCAGGAGGAGUGUGAGGAGUGGAACGGACACACCCCUCAUCUCAGAAUUUUAGGGAAUCAGCUGGAGCCUCCCAAACAGGAAGGUGUUCAAUACAUCUGCAGACGAGAGUCCAGUGCCAGAACCUCCUUCUUCUCCACACCCAGCUGUCUGGACAAAAGAGAAAACCAUAGCGAGCUGUAUGUAGCAGGCCGCAGUCUGGCCCCGGGCCUUUGGUGUGAGCAGUCUGUCCGGGGCUCCAGCUCUCCUCUUUAUGAGCACUCACUGGACCUCACGGAGGAAGAGGAGGUGUAUGAAGCAGAGGGCAGCAUUGAGGAGUUUUUAGCUUAUGAUGGAAAAGAAAUGGAAGAGGAGGAAGUGGAUCAGAGGAAGUCUUCAUCCGUGGCCCCCAGGGGUGGGGUCCCCCCGGUAUCCCCUCACGCAUGCAUCCGUGACGCAGUUGCAGAUGAGUUGUUUGAUGACAUAUGGAGGGAGGUGGUGGGUCUUUUGGAGGAGCUCUUACACAAGUACUGGGAGAAACAGCUCCCGGAUGGAACAACACAGAGGAGAACAUUGGAGAGCUCCAGUCAAGCGCCUUCAUCUCAGCUCCCUGUUAAAGGUCAUCAUCUUCUGUUGUCCAGGGGGUCCAGCAGCAGAACCACAUUCCUGUCCACAUGCAGCAAUAAUGUACAGGACUCAAGUGCCUACAAGAUUAAUUUAAAUGGUGUUAUGACAAUCCAAGCAAAGCCUCUGCAACAGAGACAUCAGGGAUUUAGUGAGAGAGCGCUGUAUGACCCAGAUGAUGGAGCGAGUGUGUUGAUGUGUGUGAAGACCCAGGCUCUGAGAGGGUCCGGUAUACUCGUACAGAAACCCGCGGCCCAGCGCAGACUGCCCAGACUCAGCGGCAGGGUUCGGAUGUACCACAACCUAACGGCGAAUGGAAGCCAGAUCUUACGAGGAACUAGACUAUCGACUGUGAAUGAAAGCCUGCCCUCUCCACCGGUGAGUGCUGUUCAGAGCCACAGGCUUCCUCAGAUACACUCUGAAUCUCAAGAGCAAGAAUACUAUGCACCCAUUUCCAAGCUUGUGCAGCUCAGAGGAAGGAUCCUAAGAGGCGGCUCCACCAGUGUCAUGCAUGCAGUAAACAACCUCCCACCUCUGAGAGAGCCCACCCUGAUGCUGGAGUCUCUGUCUCGGCCCAAUACUACUCACACAUUCAGAUCCGACACUCCAAUGAAAAGGUCCUUCACACCUAUGGAUUUUGCAUGUAACAUGAGGACUAGUCGAGGACUUGUCAAAGGUGAGAGCACACCUAUGGGUGUGACAGGCUUCAGUAUGGGCAUCACCAGCUCUACAGCUAGUGGGUUUUUGGAGUGUGUCACACCCAGCAGGAGACGUCUACCCUGCGCUGACGGGGAUGGAGGAAACAUGCCCCUUAUUGGCUCUAUGGGUAGCCAGAAUCAUCGGAAACAGCUGAGCCGGUUUCCAGUGCAUGUGAGGAAGAAAUUUCAACCUGUCAUGCCAUAGCAGGGGAGUUCUUUUUGUAAUUAAACAAAAGAGCUUAAUUAGCAAGACAUUAUGAAUACAAUAGACUGAUAUGGACUGUCAUAAUUUCAGCUGAUUGGGAUUUGCUGUAUGGUUUGUUACCUGAUGUCGUGCCUUCAGUUUAUGGACUUGACAUAUUUUCACAUUGACCUCAACAUCUGGAGCAAACAGCACUAAUGGCCUCCCUGCUUUUUCUUUUUUAAAAUGAUGAAAAAUGAAUGCCAAAUGUUUUUUAAAUUAAUGCAAUCAUGUAAAAUAGAAUAUUUAUUUGUUCAUACUGCUUAAACUGAUGUCUGCGGCCAACAGGUUGAUUAAAAAAAACAAACAAUAGCCUAAUUAUUUUUAUUUUUCAUUGAUAUCAAUUGUCCCAAACUGUUUGGUGCAGCAAAAUUUUACUGACACUUUUAUCUGCUUGGUGGAGUCAUUUGCAAUAAAAUUGUUAUAUAAUUUGGCAAAGGGUCAGUGAUAGUGAUAAUCAGAGAAUAUAAGACAUUUGUUCCCUGAAUGCCUUUCUAAGUUAUUUUCUCAUUUAUGCUCACUUUCACCAAUAAUAUUGGUAAUAUUGAUAUUUUCACACUAAUAUCAUGCUUUGAUGAAGUAAGAGAUGACUAUAAUAAAGUACGUUGGCCAUUCAGGGUAAAAGGUGCUUUUUUAUCUUUAACAAAAGACUUGGCAGAGCUCUUCCAUGGUAGAAAGACGGCUGAAUCUGUGCCAGUAAACCACAAGAAAU